GGCGCAGUUGGGAGGCGGAAGCAGCCGCAGGCAUGGUGGCUGCUGUGCGGCUGGCUCUGUCAGGCCUGUGCCUCCUGGGACUAGUUGACCUGGGCCCCGCGGAGCCCCCGCGCGAUAACUUGCGGGAGGAGCUCGUCAUCACACCGCUGCCUUCUGGGGAUGUGGCCGCCACAUUCCAGUUCCGCACGCGCUGGGAUUCAGACCUGCAACGGGAAGAAGUGUCUCAUUACAGGCUCUUUCCCAAAGCUCUGGGGCAGCUGAUCUCCAAGUAUUCUCUUCGGGAGCUACACCUGUCAUUCACACAAGGCUUCUGGAGGACUCGAUACUGGGGGGUACCGUUUCUGCAGGCUCCAUCAGGUGCAGAACUCUGGGUCUGGUUUCAAGACACCGUCACUGAUGUGGAUAAAUCUUGGAAGGAGCUCAGUAAUGUCCUCUCAGGGAUCUUCUGCGCCUCUCUCAACUUCAUCGACUCUACCAACACAGUCACUCCCACUGCCUCCUUCAAACCCCUGGGGUUGACCAAUGGUACUGAUCACUACUUCCUCCGCUAUGCUGUGCUGCCCCGAGAGGUUGUCUGCACUGAGAACCUCACACCAUGGAAGAAGCUCUUGCCCUGUAGUUCCAAGGCGGGCCUAUCUGUGCUACUGAAGGCUGAUCGUUUGUUUCACACUAGCUACCACUCCCAGGCGGUGCACAUCCGUCCCAUUUGUAGAAAUGCACGCUGUACCAGCAUCUCCUGGGAGCUGAGGCAGACCCUAACUGUUGUAUUUGACACCUUCGUCAUGGGGCAAGGGAAGAAAGAUUGGUCCCUCCUCCGGAUGUUCUCUCGCACCCUCACUGAGCCCUGCCCCCUGGCUUCCGAGAGCCGAGUCUAUGUGGACAUCACCAGCUACAGCCAGAACAAUGAGACUCUGGAGGUGAGCCCACCCCCCAUCACCACAUACCAGGACAUCAUCCUAGGUACCCGGAAGACCUACGCUGUCUACGAUUUGCUUGAGAAAGCUGUGGUCAACAACUCCCGCAGCCUCAACCUCCAGCUCAAGUGGAAGAAACCCCCAGGCAGUGAGGCCCCACCCGUGCCCUUCCUGCAUGCCCAGCGAUAUGUGAGUGGCUAUGGGCUGCAGAAUGGAGAGCUGAGUACGCUGCUCUACAAUACCCACCCCUACCGGGCCUUCCCUGUGCUGCUGCUGGAUGCUGUGCCCUGGUACCUGCGGCUGUAUGUGCAUACCCUCACCAUUACCUCCAAGGGCAAGGAGAAUAAGCCAAGUUACAUCCACUAUCAGCCUGCUCAGGACCGGCUGCAGUCCCACCUCCUGGAGAUGCUGAUUCAGUUGCCACCCAAUUCAGUCACCAAAGUCUCCAUCCAGUUUGAACGUGCACUGCUCAAGUGGACUGAGUACACCCCGGAUCCCAAUCAUGGCUUCUAUGUCAGCCCAUCUGUCCUCAGCGCCCUUGUUCCCAGCAUGGUGGCAGCCAAAUCUGUGGAUUGGGAGGAGAGCCCCCUCUUCAACUCCCUGUUCCCAGUCUCUGACAGCUCCAGCUACUUUGUACGGCUCUACACUGAGCCACUGCUGGUGAGCCUCCCAACGCCGGACUUCAGCAUGCCCUACAACGUGAUCUGCCUUACAUGCACAGUGGUGGCCGUGUGCUACGGUUCCUUCUACAAUCUUCUCACCAGAACCUUCCACAUCGAAGAGCCUAGCACUGGCGGCCUGGCCAAGCGGCUGGCUAACCUCAUCCGGCGUGCCCGUGGUGUACCCCCGCUCUGAGACUCUCCCCCUUUACAGCUGAGGCUGCUGCUGCUUCCUGGGGAGGAGUGUUGAUGACCCCAAGUUCAUCACUCUCUGACACUUGCUCUCUCCAGAGCUGAUUCUUGAACCAAAUUGCCCCUGGACUGGGCCAGGCCAUGCUGUUCAGUUUAGUAGUCAGGAGCCAGAUGUGGUGUCCAAAUUUAAAUUGACUUAAGACUUCUGCUCCUCAGCUGCACUUGUCAUGUUUCAAGUGCUCAGUAACCAGAAGUGGAUAGUAGAUAGUGGCUGCUAUACCAGAGAGCCUAGAAAAAGCAUUUCUCAGAUGCUUUUGUGCAAAAAGUUCCAUUGAACUGUACUGACCUAGACAACAGGGUGUGCCCAAGAGUUUGUAUCACUGUUUGGUGGAUGGAAUUUGCUGGCUGUGGAAUUAAAAAAAAAAGCUUAUUCUCUCUUAUCCUC